AUGACAUCACUGAACGCAAAAAGAGAUUAUCUGAUUUAUGGGAUCUAUUUACAUACAUUUAUAUACAAUGUACAAUCACGAAUAGAAUUACUUGAAAACCAAGAGCCAUCUACUUCAAACAACGAUGAGCUUCUCAUUCAACAAGAACAGCAUAGAACAAAUUUCGAGUCUACAUAUUUCAGUUUAAUGUCACGCUGUGAAUCUUUUUUUGAAUAUUUUAGUCAGCUUGAUGCUCAAGCGUCAAGAACCCAUGAAAAUGUUGUACGUGGUCCUACACCCAGGAAAUCACGAGUUAGAUUGCCUAAAAUUGAGCUUCCAGUGUUUUUAGAUUCCUAUGAUGAUUGGUAUUCUUAUCAGGAUGUAUUUGAAAAAUUGAUACAUAACAAUGAGAGUUUAACAGACAUUGAAAAAUUCCACUAUUUGAGAUCAUCUCUCAAGGACAAGGCAGCUGAAAUUAUAAAAUCAAUUGAAACCACGACUGAUAAUUAUAACGAUGCUUGGGCAGCUGUCAAGGAGCGUUUCGAUAACAAACGUUGGAUAAUACACAAACACAUCAGAGCCAUCUUUGACAUUCCAACACUGUCCAAGGAAAAUCAUGGUCAUUUACGUGAGCUAUUGGACACUAUUUUAAAACACUUGCGUGCUCUCAAGGCUUUAAAAAGACCUACAGAUGCGUGGGAUGAUUUGAUCAUUCACAUCAUUGUCUCAAAACUUGAUCCAACAACGGGUAAAGCGUGGGAAACUAGCAUUCCUGAUAAGGACAUUUCAGAUUUAAAAUCAUUAAUCAACUUUCUUUCUAAACGAUGUCAGGCACUUGAAACAAUCGCUGGCAAACAGUCAAUCAAUCAAUCCAACAACUCUUCGAAAUUCUCGUACAAAUCAAAGAGCACUUUGGUUGCAAAUCUUUCCACAUCCAACUUAGCUUGCGCACAAUGUAAAGAAAAUCAUCCUUUAUAUUUUUGUGAAGCUUUUCUCAAAUUGCCAAUAGAGAAAAGAAUUUCUCUUGUCAAAAGAGCUUACUUGUGCAUUAAUUGUUUAAGAUCAAGUUCACAUACUGCUAAAGAUUGCAAUUCAAGUGUUUGUCGCAAAUGCAACAAAAAACAUAAUACAUUGUUGCAUUUAUCAAAUUUAGUAGACAAAAUUAAAACGGCUAAUUCCGACGAAUCAUCCUCCUCUUCUACAAAGGAAGCACAAUCAAUUGUCACUCAAUGUACAUCGACUCAUCGUUCUUUGGGCGUCAUACUUUCAACAGCUAUUGUACACGUAUUUGAUUCAAAAAAUCAAAUUUAUUCUUGCCGCGUACUAUUAGACAGUGGAUCCCAAUCAAAUUUCAUAACACAAAAAUUUGCAGACAAAUUACAGCUUAAAGAACGAUCAAUCGAUAUUUCCAUUUCUGGUGUAGUUCAGGGAAUCAUUCAAGCCAAAACAAUGAUCAACGUUUGCAUUAAGUCACGUUUUAAUAGUUUCAGUGGGAAUAUAGAUUGUAUAGUUUUACCUAAAAUUACUCAAAGAUUACCGCAGGUGAUAAUCUCAAAGCAACAAUUAGAAAUACCUAAAAAUUUAAAGUUGGCUGAUCCUAAUUUUAACGUGCCUGCGAAUAUUGAUAUGUUGAUCGGUGCGGAAUUAUUUUGGACACUCAUUUGCGUCGGUCAAAUUAGAUCUUCCCGAACUCAGCCAACUUUACAGAAGACUCUUUUAGGAUGGAUCGUAUCUGGUCCAACGACGAGCACUCUUUCGGAGUCACAAAGAUCAACUACCAAUUUUUUGGCUGUAACAGAACAAUUGAAUCAAACACUCUGCCAAUUUUGGGAAAUCGAGCAUUUAGAAACAUUUCCGAAAGGAUCACCAGAAGAACAAAUUUGUGAACGUCUUUUCACGGAUACGACACGACGCAACAAUGAAGGUCGUUUUGUAGUUCAAUUGCCAAUCAAGACCGACAAAUUCACCAAUCUUGGAAAUUCCGAGGAAAUUGCCAUCAGUCGUUUUAAGUCUUUAGAAAGACGGCUUACAAGAUCACCAAAGAUAUAUGCAGAAUACAAAUCAUUUAUGCAGGAAUAUCUACAACUAGGUCACAUGCGUGAAAUUACCGACUUUAAAUCAACUAACAAGACUUAUUAUUUGCCACAUCACGCUGUGUACAAAGAGACAAGUACCACGACCAAAUUAAGAGUCGUUUUUGAUGGCUCGUGCAAAUCGUCUACUGGCAUUUCACUAAAUGACUUAUUGAUGGUCGGUCCCACAAUCCAGGAUGAUUUAUUUUCAAUAUUAACGAGAUUCCGCACAGUCAAAUUCGCCGUAACGGCUGAUAUAAACAAAAUGUACAGACAAGUCUUGGUCGAUUGCAAUCAAACUUCACUUCAACGUAUUGUGUGGAGAAAUUCAAGCAGUGAGCCAAUUCGAACGUUUGAAUUGCUCACUGUCACAUAUGGCACAGCCUCUGCACCAUUUUUGGCCAUUCGAUCUCUCAGAAAGCUUGCAGAAGAUAACAUCGUCAAUUAUCCAAUUGGGUCCAAGGCAGUUCUAAAUGAUUUUUACGUUGACGAUUUAGUGACUGGAGCAAAUACUUUACAGGAAUCAUUGACUAUCAAAAAGGAAACUCACAACUAUUAAUGGAAGGCGGAU